CUUUGCAUUUCAUGCCAAUAAUCACAUCCAUGCAAAUAUUAGUUACAACUUAUUACAAACAUUACAAUUAAUUCCAUUUUGCAAUAAUGGCUUUAAGUUCUGUUAAAGGCUUCUUUUGUUUGCUAUUAAUUACAUGUAUGAUUGGGAUGAAUACUUCAGCUGAGUUAUCAGAAAAUUUCUAUGGUAAAACUUGUCCAAAAGCUGUUCGCACAAUUAGGAAAGCAGUGCAGGAUGCUGUGAUGAAUGAGAGACGUAUGGGAGCAUCCUUGCUUCGUCUCCAUUUCCAUGACUGCUUUGUGCAAGGAUGUGAUGCAUCAGCAUUGUUAGACGACACAUCAAAUUUCACAGGAGAGAAGAACGCAUUUCCAAAUGCAAAUUCGCUAAGAGGUUUUGAGUUAAUAGAUGACAUCAAAUCUCAAUUGGAGGAUAUGUGUCCCAAUACUGUCUCUUGUUCUGACAUCUUAGCCCUUGCUGCUAGGGACGGUGUUGCUGAGCUUGGUGGACAAAGAUGGAAUGUACUAUUAGGCAGAAGAGAUUCAACAACAGCAAACUUAAGUGAAGCUAAUACGUUACCUGCUCCCUUUUUGAAUCUUGAUGGCCUUAUCACUGCUUUUGCCAAGAAAGGUUUCACAGCCGAAGAAAUGGUUACCCUAUCAGGUGCUCACACAAUAGGUCUAGUAAGGUGCAGAUUUUUCAGAGCAAGGAUAUACAAUGAAACAAACAUAGAUCCAGCAUUUGCUGCAAAAAUGCAAGCAGAGUGUCCUUUUGAAGGGGGUGAUGACAAUUUCUCUCCUUUUGACUCCUCCAAACCAGAGGCUCAUGAUUUUGAUAAUGGUUACUACCAAAACUUGGUGAAAAGUAAGGGUCUGAUACACUCUGAUCAGCAACUAUUUGGUAAUGGAACAUCCACAAACGCUCAAGUGAGAAGAUAUAGCAGAAAUUUUGGACGUUUCAAAAAAGAUUUUGCAGAUGCAAUGUUUAAGAUGUCAAUGCUUAGUCCACUUACUGGCACUGAAGGUGAAAUCAGGACAAACUGCCAUUUCGUCAAUGCUCCAAUAUCAAACACUACCACUGCUUAAAUUAAAUUAAUCACCAUACUAAUUUGGUGUUUAUAUUCUUUAUAAUUAAUAAUAUAUAUAUAUAUAUAUAUAAUAAAGUCUUAAAUGUAAUUUCGUUAAUUUGCUUCAAUGCAACUUGUUAGUAAAAAAAUAUGAUUUGUAUUGAAUGCAACUUGUUAUAGUAUGCCAAGUAUUAUUACACAUGUGAACAGUCGCAGAUUCAAUACUAAUUUGUUUAAUAAUAUCAACACUUUAUUA